AAUGGCGUCCUCGAAACAAAAAUGUGAUUUUAAACAAAAUCCCGAAUAAUUCAAAAUUGUUUUGCCAAGGGAAAUAGAUGAAACUUCUUUUAAAGUAUUUUAAGCAAUUAUAAGCAUGCAUAGUUUAAAAUUGCAUUAUAUGACAAUAUAAAUGCUUUUGCAGAUGUUAAAAUUUGAAGAGAAAAAGACUUUUUUUUAUUGUUUUGGAAUAUAUUAUAUGCCAUAUGCUGCAAUUUCAUGCGUAACAGAUCAUGAAAACUGCCAAAUCACCCAAAACUAGUGGAGAUUAAUAUGAGAUCAAAUGGUCAUAUUUCAUUUACAAGAUUUGUACAUGUACAUAGGUGAUGAGUAUCUUUAUUUAGUGAAAUGAUUCUGAAAUAGAGUUCAAUAGGAGUGUACAGGAAAUAUUUUCAAUGUCACGGCAAGUUUUACCACCAGCAGGCCACCCCACUGGGUCGGCACCCCAGCAAACAGCAGAGGUAUUAGAAAAUCGACUCACUGCCGCUGAGGAUGAAACUAAUAUUUUACUUGAACAAUUAAAUGGACUUGGAUUUAGCAAAACUUCAGCAGAUAUCAAUUCAUCAAAUAUGAAAGUUCCUGUUUCCCCAUACAAAGUCAGGAUGGCAAGUAAUGAUGUUCUUAAAGACAAUUAUGAAGCACUUGUAUCCAGGGUGUGUAAAAUGGAAAGUACAGUGCAGACUAUGAAGUUAAACUUGCUUAACAUUCAGGGUGAAAAUCAUUUGAAAGGGAAGUCAAAUGAUGAAUUUGAAUAUAGAAUGAAUGUGUUGAAACAAACUUACGAACAGACUAUUUCAAAAUACAAGAGAGAGAUGGAGCAAAUGAAGGAAGAUUUAUUACAGGAAAAUGAGGAGAAAAAUAAAUUAAAAAGCAAUAUUAAAGAUUUAAAGUCUGCUUUAGAAGAUUCUUCAACAACGAGGGCGGAAGCAACUGUAACAGCAGAUGAAUUGUCUUUAACCAAACAGAAAAUGCAGAGAAGGAUAAAUGAAUUGAAAGAAGAGUGUGACAGAGAAAAGAGCCUUAGGAAAAGUUUAGAGGAGUCACACAAUACCUUAAUGGAACGAGUUCGAGAUAUGGAGGCUCUAGUUGAGUCCGAGAGAAAGGAGGUUAAAUCUUUGUCCAUGGACUGCCAAAGUUUACGUAACGAUGCGUUAAAUGUGAGGGAGGAACUAAAACUGACCCAGGCUCAAAGAGAUUCUAUAGAAAGAGAUUAUAAUGAAGCUUAUGAAGAAAUGGAGAGAAUGAAAAGAAAUUUUGAGACAAUGGAUUCUGAUCGACAAGUUUUAAUGAAAGAACUGGAUAGAUUACGCAAACAGUACGAUGACCUCAUUAAGCAACUAGAACAAACUCAAGUUAUCGUAGAUCAGCAGAAGACAACUAACAAAGACUUAAAGGAGCAGAAUGAACAUCUAACCAAGCUUACGACGUGUGUUCAGAGUGAAACGGAACAUAUUAAAUCAUUACAUAAAAAAGAACUGGAGGCAGAGAGAAGCAGAGUUGCAGAGAAAGAAAGAAUUGAAGAAGAGGCAUUGCAAUAUAAGAUCAAAACAAAGGAACUAACAGCUGAACGGGAAUCCUUGGAAAAAAGAUUACGUCAUGUCGAACAAGAGUAUACAGGUCUAAAUAAAAAGUUUGUUGCCAAGGACGACGAGUAUUGUCAAGCUGCUUCAGGACUAGAAAAAGAGCUGAAUUCACUCAGACAUCAGCUACAGGUCGUAAAGAAAGAGAAAGAGAGGGCUGUCAAAGAUAAAGAUCACUUACUAGAUGAGGUGAACCAGACUGUAGAUUCCAUGAUAGAAGAACGGUCAAAACUUCAGGGUGAAGCACAACAACUUAAAAUAGAACUAGACUCACAGAAAAAACUUAGGAAAUCUCUGGAACAUGAAAAUGCUACUCUCAUGGAAAGGGUAUCAGGGUUUGAAGGGCAACAGGAAACACAGAGUAAAGUAGAGAAAACAAUGAUGGAAAUGAUGGAACAGAAGAACAAAUUAGCAUAUGAAAACGGGAGUUUACAGACACAGGUCACGCAUCUUACAGCAGAGGUGGAUAAACUUAAAAAUGCUCAGAAUGAUGCUACAAAAUUAAAACAUAUUAAUGAAGGUCUACAGAACAGAUAUGAUAAGACACAAAAAGAGAUGAGUGAUUUAAAAAUAAAGACUCAGCGACUUGAUAGUCAGUUACGACAGAAACAUGGAAGUUAUGAGACCAAAGAAAAGGAUUAUAACGAGUUACAGAAACAGAGAGACGAGGCUGUGAAGGAAAGAGAUACGUUAAUACUACAGAUACAAGAUAUGGAGGAUAAGGAUCAGUCCAAGGAAUAUGUAAUGGAAUGGCUUGAUAUGUCCAAAAUUAAUGGUUUGCAAAGAAAUCUGGAAGACGCUAAAGCUGUGAACAAAGAAAUAGCAUCGACACUAGAAGCUGUGAUGUCAUCACAUUCACAUUUACAAACUGUUGUUGAAGAACUACAGACAGAGCUUGGUAAAAAAGAUUCCACGAUUACAGCCAUUAAAAAUCAGAAAUCCUCUGCUCAACAGGAAUGGAAAUUUGAAAUGAAGCAGUUUGAGGAGAGAAUGGAAAAUUUAAGGGGAGAACUGAAAAAAGAACGGGAUAAAUCAUUGAAGAAAAAUAGUCGUGAUAUUGCUGAGGUGCGGAAACAAAAUGAUAAUUUAUCGACACGUAAUAUGGAACUAGUGAAAGCUAACACAGAACUACGACAUAAGAUGACAGAGUAUGAGAGUCAGACUAAGGACCUAAAAGAUAAAAUCAGGGACCAGAAAAAGAGGGUAGAAUAUCUACACAAAUCAAAGAAAGAUUUAGAAGAAAAUUCUGAAAAAGUCAGGGAAUUAAAAUCUGAAAUAGAAGACUUAGAAAACCUUAGAGACGAAUAUGUUAAAAGAAAUACUGACCAGGGUGAAAUGAUAAACACUUUUAUGAACCAGAUUGCCUCUCUUCAGGUGGAGCUUAAACAACUGGCACAAAAUCAGGCAGAGACCAAUUUAUUGAUUCAACAAAGAGAGGUGGAACUUGAGAAAGAACGAACAGUGUCUCAUGAAAAUAAACGAAAAUAUGAACAUACAGUGAAACAGAAAGACGAUAUUGACAGAAUGAGAAGAGAGACAGAAAAUAGGUUAAAGGAAGCUCAGGAUGAAUCGUCAGAGAUCUCUGUCCAUUUACAAGAUGCCCACGACUGGUUUAGAAACAAGUUUGAAAAACUACAGAAUGAGUUAGUCACUUCUAAAAGAAAGCAGGAAGAUUUAGUACAAGAUACAGAGGAACAGAAAAGAAAAGCAGACGAAGAGAAAUUAAAGGCUCAUGCUGCUGUGGAAAAGGCUAAAGCAAUGAUCAGGGAGGUUGACAAAAGGAGAAAAAAUAUGAAUAGCCGAGAGAGUAUAAGUCGUCUUGCUGACUAUGCAAACGUUGCUGACAAUGAGACCAAACACCAGCUCCAGAAACUACAACAACAAUUACAAAGAGAGAAAGACCAUAAUAAAUAUCUAGAGAUGAAACAUGGUGCCUAUAAAGAAGCAAGUGUUCGACAAAUGGAAUGUUUACUCAAAGAAUUUAAUCAGUGAUAUUCAGACUGCAUGACUGCUAACAUAGUGCUUUAAUACUAUUGGUUGAAAAUCAGGUUAAUUGGACUUUGACCUUGUGACCUCAGUAAAGAAUUGUGUACCAUAUUAUCAUAACAGAUAUUUACAUAAUGGAAACUUUAAGGAUUUGUUUUAUUUUGAGAAUCAAAUGAAUGAAUCAGACUUUUUUUUACUGCAAUCAUUUGUUUUUUCAAGGGAGGGUGUUUCAGAAUUUUAUUGAAUGUUUAUAGUAAAAAUGAAUGAGUUUGGGUAUAUAAAACUGCUGCCAUAAGAUACACCUGCCAGACAAUUAUGAUAUUGAUCAUUUUAAAUUUAUCAUAAAAAAGAGUGUAAAAAAUUCACAAAAAUGUGUGUGCCUGUGUAUUGACAUGAUAUCCUGUAUAUUAUACAGUUCACCUGACCCCACUUAAAGAUUUCUAAGGUUCUGACUGGACAGUGAAGUCCAAGCUAUUAGAGAUAUCUGACCUCUUAGAUGUCCCUGUGUUAUUUCAUAAAUUAUAUAACAUCGACUUGGGUAAUGAAUUUAUAAACUCAGAAAUUGAACUUUGAUUUAUUUAUUGUAUGAAAUUUAACAGAGUGCAAGAUUAGUACGUCAAUUCAACAGAUCUUCACCAGCUAUGAUAUAAAUUAAGGCAACCUAAUCUAAGACUAACUUAUUUAGAUUUAAUUAACUCUUAAAACAACAGUUGAAAACCUGAUCACAAACUGUUUAUGGCUUGUUGUGCUUUAUUAUUGUAUUUGUUGAACAAUGGACAAACAACAGGAUUAUUAUAAUCAUUUCAGGAAAUGCUGCAUACACAAAAAUGCUAUCAAAAUUAAAAUGCAAGUUUUAUAUUUUUGGCAAAACCUUUCUUCAUCACAUUUUUGGCAAUAAUAAGAACCUCACAUAAAUUUUUGAUUUAUAGUAAUCCUUAUAAGCAAUUUGUUUUUAAGUUUAGGAAGUUAGCAUGCAAUUAAAUGCCAGCGACUCUUUUCACAAAAUAUCUUACGAUUAAAAUUGAUCGUAAGUUAUACUGAAAUGUGUUUGACUUACGAGUAUUUUUACUCUUAAGAUAUUUUGUGAAAAGAGCCGCAGAAUGUUUUUUAGUCCCCUACCGACGAAGUCGAACGGGAAUUUAGGUUUGCACUUCGUCCAUCUGUCUGUCUGUCUGUCCGUCUGUCUGUCCUUCUGUCAGUCCGACAAAUCAGUUUUCCACACUUUUUUUCUUCAUGCUUGAAGAUAUUGAAUUGAUAUUUGGUAUAUUGUUUAAUCAUGACAAGUUUCAGAUCAAGUUUGAAUUUUGUUCCGGUCUGAAAAUUUUGUGCAGAGUUAUGGUCCUUGGACUUGGAAAAUUCACUGAAAUAUUCAGUUUUCCGCACUUUUUUUCGUCAUUCUUGAAGAUAUUGAUUUAAUAAUUGAUACAUUGUUUUAUCAUGACAAGUUACAGAUCAAGUUCGAAUUUUGUUCCGGUCUGAUGAGUUUUCUGCACUUUUUUUCGUCAUGCUUGAAGAUAUUGAUUUGAUAAUUGGUAUAUAGUUUUAUCAUGACAAGUUACAGACCAAAUUUGAAUUUUGUUUCGGUUUGAUGAUUUUUUGCAGAGUUAUGGUCCUUGGACUUAGAAAAUUCACUUAAAUUAUCAGUUUUCCGCACUUUUUUUCGUCAUGCUUGAAGAUAUUGACUUGAUAUUUGUUAUAUAGUUUACACCAUGACAAGUUAUAGAUCAAGUUAGCAUUUUGUUCCAGUACAAUUAAUUUUUAACCGGUAGGGGACUGUGUAUUGUCAUGCAAUACUCUCAGAAUGCUUGUUUAAUUUUCACAUUCCAGAGAAUGUGUACAUAGAUAUAAGAAGAUGUGGUAUGAGUGCCAAUGAGACAACUCUCCAUCCAAGUCACAAUUUGUAAAAGUAAACCAUUAUAGGUCAUACAUACAUUUAACAUUCAUCAAAUGUACUUUUUUAUGCUGGUAUUGGUUGUUAUUUUAUCAUCAAUAAUAUAUGGAUUACUGGUUGAUGAUUAAAUUGUUGAAGGGUUUAACUUUGAAAUGAAUCAUGACAGAUUUAAAAUCAAACAUUAUUUGUAGUCUGUUACUAAAUGGUUGUGCGAGUUACAAUGUACUAUGUAUGCUUGAAGUGUACAAUUUUGAAUAAAAUGAAAUUACAAGAAGCAUGAUAUGGAAAGAUUUUUUCAUUUUAGAUUGGAAGACCACAUAUAUCUCUCAAAUCAAAAUAUUUUUCAAGUUUUAUAUGUGUGCUUUUUAUGCAUCAGUUCUACUUUCCCUUUUUUGGAAAUUAUUAAUUACUUGGUAUGAUAAAUGCCUGUCUGUUUACUUAAUUCUAAACCUAGAAAAACAAAUCAUUUGGUAAUUUUAAUGCACAACAUUGAAAACCUGAUUUGAUAAAUUUACUUUGUAACAAACCUAAUCUAAUUUCUGAUCCAAAUUUAACUGAAAUACUUUUAGAAGCCAGCCGUAAGGAAAUCAGAGAUGUUGAUCUACCAGAAGAUCAUUUUAAUUUCACAAAUAUUACCGGUACUAAGUUUAUUAUACUUAAAAUUUGAAGUAGGAUACUAAUAUAGACCUUACAAGCCAGUAUUUAUUUAGUUACUAUUUUAUUAGAACGAAAUAUGCAUUAGAUUGCAAUAUGUGUGUAUUUUGUGUGUCAAAUAUUGGAUAUAUGUCAUGGUAGUGAAUACUUAUAUCUGUGAUAAAAUUCCUCAAUAUACAAAACUUGGACUGCAAUUUUCAAAUUAGCAAAAAUUUAAAGGCUUAUCCAAAAUUCAGGGGAGAUAAUAAUUAACAUGUUUUCCCAAAUCAUUUAUUAAAAAUGUUUUGAAAUGAUGAAUGAUUCUAAAAUAUUAAUCCUUAUUAUAUGAACGAAACAUAAAUGUACUGCAUCAUUAACAAUUCUGACCUUUGAUUGAACAUUUGGAUGUCAUUUUAUCCUUAAAUCCUUUUUUAGAUAAAAUGAAUAUAUUGCAGUCUUCGUUUUGACUAUUGAUCAUUUCUGUGCUAAAGUUGUGUUCACCUUUAUACAAAUGCAUUUUUAUAUGUCAGAAUAGUUAUUUUUUUAUAUUUUUGUGUACUAGCAUUUAAGGUGAAUUAAACAUGAUAUAAAAUGUA